UUGACCUUCGAGUUUUUCACCUUUUGGGGGUGUGUGUUCCGUGGCUGUGUAAACGAACGAUGACCUCUCUUUGCGUGAGGCGGCUACUCAACAGUCCCUGGUGUUUCAGCAAGGUAAACCAGUCUAUCUCUAACUGGCUCCCAGUGGAAGGAUAUUUUUGUACCCAGCGUCAGUAGCAACCAGAACUCCACCACUGUCUACCACGAUGAGCCAGCGGCAGUCUCAACCCAGAAGACAUGGCCACCACGGGCCAAAGCUGGAGUUCCCUCUCCUCCCUCCCGAGUGGAGAGACAGGUUCCAGAGAGGACAGAUGCACAAGUUCAGGGACCAGCUCACGAAGCUGCCCGUGCCAUCUCUGCAGCAGACGCUGGACAAGUAUAUUGCCAGUGUUGAGCCUCUGCUGACAGAGGAGGAGCUGUCGGAGACCAAGAGACGUGUGGAGGAGUUUGGUAGACCUGGAGGAAUUGGCGAGACUCUCCAGCAGAAACUGCUGGAGAGAGCUGCCACACGAGACAGCUGG